AUGGCGUCGAUGAAACUCGCGUCGUCGUCGAGCAUUGCUCUCCUCGUUCUCAUCGCCGCCUCCGCACUGUUUCCUUCGGGGUGCUUGGCUCAGAGCACCACCAUGAACGCGAAUUUUACCACCAACUUCUUCGGAGGUUACUUGCGCGUUGAUGUCGGGCCCAAUCGCAAUCAGAUCCGCGUGCAGGCGAACCUACCGGACUGGAUUAAGUCGGUUACACCCAAGCAGGAGUACAUUGUGGAGAAAUACACUCUGCCGCCCAGCUUCUCCUCUCUCACGGACGUCAAGCACAUCAUCAUGUCCUUCAGCCCUUCCUCCUGCUACCCCAUCUACAACACCACCAACGUAGCUGCUGAACAGGCUGUCCCCGCAUACCUCGCGUCAGGAUCAGACAUUUGCCUCUCCUGCUACGUCUACCUCACCUUCUCCUUCCUCGACGAGGCCACAGCGAGUCAGAUCGGCAGCAUUUGCACGGAAACAGACAACGGCAUGCUGCGCGGGUACAUCUGCUCCACAGACGAGGGUGCUGAGGUGACGGUGGCGCAGGCGUUUGGGAGUCCGCCGGUGGUGAAUGGCGGCAGGACGUCGGUGGGGUUUCUCUACACGGAGAUGUUUGUGCGCCAGCCCGCUGGCUCCACCAUGCGCCUCCCCUCCGUCCAAGUGGAUCCUCUGGCAAUAAAGGGAAUCGGGUACAUUAUGGUGCCAUCCAAGGGACCUACUCCUCUCCCUGGGGCCUUUGACGCCAUGCCCUUCAUUGCAGGCAAUAACAGCAAGGCUGUGGGCGUUGGGUUAGUGUUCCCAAUCACCCUGGUCACUCAGGCCUCGCUCGCAACUACCCCGUUCAGCAGCAACACAGUGCAGACAGUCACACCCACCGCCUUCCCUGCGCUCUCCAUGAGUGCUACUGCCAACCAGUCGCUCACUCUCAAUGCCUCCGUCAUGCCCCCUGCUGCCCCUGGUGCCGCUGCCGCCUCAUACAACCUCUCUUUCUACAUUGGCAAGGAUGUGGGCGCCUCGUUUGUGACUUUUGAGUCGACUCAAAAGUCACCUCUUUUGUUUCCCCUCUUCUCCCUGCCUCCCUGCCCCCCUGCCUCCCCUCUUCUCCCUGCCUCCCUGCCUCUCUGCCUCCUCUCUUCCCCCUGCACCACGUCGCUCUUCGUGCACGAUAACGACAAAGUGCUGCUCAAGGUGGGGCGGGACUCAAGGUGCGGUGGGAGUCAAGGUGCUCAAGGUAAUGCAGGCACCACGUCGCUCUUCGUGCACGAUAACGACAAAGUGCUGCUCAAGGUGGGGCGGACACGUGCUCGAGGUCCGGCCACGUGCUCAAGCAUACCCCUUAUCUUCCCCUUCCACUCCGACCCAACCUUCACCUCGCAUUUUUCUCCUCCCCUCCCACUUAUCCUCCUCAUGAGAUGCGGGUACUUCACGGUGUGGGCACGAGCAGGGGAGGGGGCGAGGGGAGAGAAGGCGACGAGAAGGGCCGAUGCCUCAUCCGAGGAGCAAGAGAGCACCCGAGGCCUCAUCCGAGGAGCCUCAAACAUCGUUCGAGGAGAGCAAGAGAGCAACCACUCACCGUCAAGUACUCGCAUCGCAUCCCAUGACGGCCGACGCGUCAUCAGAGGAGGACUGCCACUGCUGACACCUGAGCAGCAAUCAGAGGAUUUCCUCACCGUCAAGUACUCGCAUCCCAUGACGGCCGAUGCGUCAUCGGAGGAGGACUGCCACUUCGUGCAGCACUGGCUGGUGCGAGCGGGGGCGAGGCCGCGCAUCUACUUCAAGCCUCAGGACGUGAGGGCUGCAGUGGUGACGUGCGGGGGGCUCUGCCCUGGACUCAAUGACGUCAUCCGCCAGGUGGUGAUGACGCUCAACACGUACGGAGUGGGCGACAUUCGAGGCAUCAAGUAUGGCUUCCGGGGCUUCUUCGAUUCCUCUCUGCACAUACCGCUGAACCGAGCCGUGGUGGACAACAUUCACCUCAUGGGCGGGUCGUUCCUGGGCGUGUCCCGAGGGGGCUCCGACAGCCUUGAUAUCGUCGACUCCAUUCAGAAGGAGGGGAUCAACAUGCUGUUUGUGAUUGGUGGAAACGGCACGCACGCUGGAGCUCUGGCCAUUCACAAGGAGUGUUACAAGAGGGGCAUGAAAGUAGCGGUGGUGGGGGUGCCCAAGACCAUUGACAACGACAUUCUGCUGCUGGACCAGACGUUUGGGUUCGACACGGCUGUGGAGGAGGCGCAGAGGGCGCUGCAUGCCGCCUAUGUGGAGGCGUCCAGUGCAUACAGGGGAAUCGGCAUCGUGAAGCUGAUGGGACGGCAGAGUGGAUUCAUUGCCAUGCACUCGUCGCUGGCCAGUGGACAGGUGGACAUGGCACUUAUCCCUGAGGUGCCCUUUUGUCUGGAGGGGCCCAACGGGGUGCUGCAGCAUCUGGAGUAUCUCCUGGACCGCCAGGGCCACGCCAUCAUUUGCGUGGCAGAGGGCGCAGGGCAGGACCUGGUGCAAGGGGAGGGCGGUACGGACGCGUCAGGAAAUCCAAUCCUGUCGGACAUUGGGGUCUUCCUCUUGAAGCAGGUGCGGCGUCAUUUCAAGUCCAUCGGACGGCCAGCAGACGUCAAGUACAUCGAUCCGACAUACAUGAUCCGCGCGUGCCGCGCAAACGCGUCGGACAGCGUGAUGUGCGCCGUGCUGGGGCAGAACGCCGUUCACGGCGCGUUCGCCGGCUACAGCGGUAUCACCGUGGGGUUGGUCAACUCGCACUACGCGUAUAUCCCGAUUCCCGAAGUUAUCAGGCACGCGCGGCCCGUGGAUCCCAACGGUCGCAUGUGGCACAGGUGUCUCACGGCCACUGGUCAGCCAGACUUCAUUCGGGUGCAACAAUAA